GUGACACAAACACACGAAUAGGGCUUACAUUGAGUUGCAUUGCAUUGAGUGCUCAGUGGAUGUGAACAUCACUAGAGGUAUGAUUGCAUUCACACCGCUAUUACCCCUCCAAUAGCACUCCCGAAGACAUGAGACGAUAAGAUCACCGGCGAGUGUGGUGCGAGUGGUGAUCACAGCGAUGGUGAUCACAUACAGCGAUGCAAUACUGCGAGGAUUUGUGGCGCAAAUGUGUCGCGACAUGGGUUGGCACGCAUCGCACGCCUCCUCACUGGAAGUGUUGACCCAAAUCACGGAGCAAUACAUGAGACAAUUGGCCAAACAUUGUGUCCAAUACGCGAACCAUUGCGGACGACAGGCGCCCACUUUCGACGACAUCGGCCUCGCGCUCAACCACUUCAGCAUCGACUUGAAUGAACUCAAAGACUACAUCAAUAGCGUGGACUCGCAGCCCCUGGAGGUCGCCGUUCCCAAGUAUCCCAUCAGAAACGUGUCCAAUCGGGUCCUCACCCAUACGGCCCCCGAGGAGGACAGGCCUGAGUGGUAUUACGAAUGGAUGCCUCCAUUGCGUGAAUCGCGAGCGCCGGCUGUGGCUGACGAGAGCGGCGACGCCUCCAAACUCAACGAAGACCUCAAUAGCGAGAGUCUGAUGUCUCCGCCGUCGACCUCACAGUCGGCGCCGGACUUGGGCUCGACGUCACCCAAACGGCUCACCUCUGCAGUGGUCGACGGCUUGAGUUUCCUCCGCGAUCUGCAAACAAGUGUUGCGCAACGCGAGGGACGCCUACCGGACGCCCAGCGAGUGAUUGAGUCGGAGGAGAGCCGCGAGAAUACACCGGAAAGAGAGGUGAAAGUGGAGGAGAAGGUGAAGACCGAUGAGAAGAGCGACAAAAAGAAGGAAAGAAAGGAUAAGAAGAGGGAGAAGAAGGAGGCGAAGGACCUGAAGGCCGACAAACUGAAGCUCAAGACCAAGAAGUUUAAGAUUAAGGCAAUUGUCGGUAAGAAUAGAGACAAACAAAAGGAUGGAAAGGAGAGAAAGAAGUUGAAGAAUGUAUUGAAGAUCAAAGAGAUCGGAGGCGAGCGCUCCUAUUCGCCGCUCGCCAUCAAAGUCGUCGGUCUAUCGACGGGAACGCCUACCGCCACCUCCACGCCCACUAUGGCCCGAUCGCCGGCCAGUAUAGUGUCGCCCAACGAAGUGCUCAGAAAUACGAACGCGUCGUUUGACUCAUCCAUUGAGGCCGUCAUCGAUAGGGUGUGCGCUCACAGACCAGACACUGGUGUCACCCCAACCCUCUAUUCAAACGAUGAAUUGCCUAAAAAGAAGUAUAAACUGAAGAGAGAGGAGUCGACGGAUAAGUCGACCAAACGCUCCAAAAAGGAGAAGGGUUUGGAUGAGGUGUCUAUGAGUGAGACCAUCGAUGAAGUGGUGCGACAAUCGCACGCAGCCCUACUGUCCCCCCAUAAGCGCUCUCCGCACCCACACGUCCAGCAAACGCAUCCCAAUACGAGUCCCAAAGUGAAGGCCGAACACAUGUCUCCCAAUCCAAGCAAAUCGGAUCUCAGAGCCAACACACACUUCGAUGACGACGAGGCGGCAAAGACUUUGGUCCUAAUGGCCGGCGAGAAGACCGUGUCGUCGAAGUCGCGCAAAAAGCAUAAGCCAUCGGCCACUGCGACGGCCCCCUCAGCCACAGCCACCCCCUCCUCGCCGUCCAAUGACAACAGUUCAGUGUUUCAGUCGGCGAUGAGUUCUUUUCCCAAAGUGUCGCCCGGAAUGUCUCCCCUCUCGCCCACAAUAUACUCGCAGAACAACCCCUUCUUCCCGACGCCCCCACUCUUUGGACAGAUAUCUCCGCCACUGUUAACCCCCGUUCACGCGUCACCCCCGCAGUCAUACUCUGGUCCGCCGCCCACUCUCACGAAACCCAAGACGUUGGCCGAGAAGAAGGCGAUGCCUCCGGAGAUAAUGAACGCAAUAAACCCUCCGAUCGUUAAGAAAGAGAAGGAUAAGGAGAAUAAGACGGACCGCAAGGAGAAGGAAAGGGAGCGCAAGGAUAAGAAGGCGACGAAACCCAAUAAAAAUAACAAGAAAUUCAAGUCCAAGAAAACCAUUAGCGAUGACGACUCGUCCUCUGAGGAAGAAUUGAAGCCAAAAAUUAAUAUCAAAUUGGGAACGACAGCCAAAUCGCAGUCCUCAUCAGCCGUUAAGCUGUCUGUGAAGACGGCGGCCGACCGGAAGUCACCCGUGAAGACACUGUUGUCUCCCAAACAUAACGUUCCAAAUCAGGACGAGUUGUCCAAUAAGAAGAAAAGGGGUCCGAAGAAGAAGUUCGUGAAGGAAGAGCCCAAAGAAGACAAGUCUUGUAUUGUGAUCCGAGAGACCAUUACUGUGGAUACGGGCGAAGGGAACGGCAAAGUGUGGAUCUGUCCCACGUGUAAGCGACCUGACGAUGGAAGUCCUAUGAUUGGACGUGACGAACAGAGUGUGACCGUUGGUGUGGCCGCCAGUACUAAAGCAACCACUUCUUCAUCAAAUGCAACCAAUACUUCAUCCAUUAAAUCACCCACUUCUACAACAUAUAUAAUACCUAAGAAGGAGGUGCGGCCCACGCCCUCCAACAAGCCGCCAGCAAUGAGACCCAGGGGUCGCCCCCGAAAAGACUCGGUUUCGGUGACCCCUGCGGUCCCCAAGAAGAUCCAGAGUUCAGAUAAAUCGGACGAAGACUUGAGCGAUAGUAAGUCUAAAGCGAAUAAACAUAGAGAGCACAGAGAGAUGGACCGGAAAGGGAUGUUAGACAACGAGGACGACGAGUACAUAUGCCCGCAGUGCGAGAAGCCGGACGACGGCACGCCUAUGAUUGGGUGCGACCGGUGUGACCAAUGGUAUCACUGGCAGUGCGUCGGUAUCCUUACGGAGCCCAAAGCGGACUCCAAUUGGAUGUGUACGCGCUGUAAGAAAAAGAAACAGUCGGUGCCGCCGCCGCCCCCACCGCCCAAACCCGCGGUUGUCCACAAGACCUUGUCCACCUCACCCAUCAUAGCGCUCACCAAAUACAGCGGUGCCGGCGGUUCCUCGCAAUGGCAGUGCCCGACGUGUCGGCUCCCCGUCGACAACACCACGCCAUCCAUUUGCUGCGAUGACUGCGACCGUUGGUAUCACUUCAGUUGCGCCGCCAUUAAGGAGGCGCCCAAUGAGGAUGAGUCGUGGUUCUGCUACCAGUGCUAUGAGAAACAGGCGGCCAUUGCCUACAAGUUCGCUAAAGUCAAGCGUAUUUAACUUAACUCUGGAAAUGUCUAUUCAAUAAUUGGCGCACAAAUUGAUUAAUCGAUGGAUUAUUGGUUUCAUAAGUUUUCAUUCAUUAAUAUAUUAAUAAUAAUAAUAAUCAGACAAUUGGUUGCAAUAAAUGUCACACACUGUUCGUCACGUCGUUUUAGGAAGUUUUUCAAAUUAAUCAUUAAUUUAAUCAUUUAUAUGUAAAUUACUCUCACUUUACACGCGAUUUAUAUAUUUAUUAUACAAUAGAAGAGAAUUAGUUAUGAAUUUAAUUAUUAUAUAU